AGCAGCUCCCUGGACCUUGUCAUAGACACUUGGARGAAGGAACAAUAAUGCAAUUUCUCAUUUUGGCUCUUGUACUUUCGGCCUGUUUCCUACAAAUAGCAGAUGCCCAGCCAACCAACUUGACAGUACAAUUGUCCAUCUUUUCUGGUCGUCGUGAUCCUCAGUGGAACGUGACUCCUUCGACUCCAAACUACGCUAACAUUAUGAAAGCCUACAAUCACGCUAAGAAUGCUGGGACACUACAGUCCUAUGGUCAAAUCCAAUCCAAGCUGGGAUACCGAGGAUUCGUCAUCAGUGAAGAUGGAAACACGAGAGAUAUCAAAACGUUGAAAUUAGUGGUUGGGUCAGAAACGAAGCGUCUGCAGAUGCUUUUGCUUGAAAGUGUUCCUAAAAGAUGGCUAAGUCCAUUUCUUACGAACRUCAUCAAAAAAUCUAUCGGCCAAGAAGYUCAGCAAACCAUCUUAAAUGUGAAAUUGCCCAUCUUCUCUGGACGUCGCGAYCCUCAGUGGAGAGUGACACCAUCGACUUCCAACUACGUCAACAUCAUCAAAGCCUACAAGCACGCUAAGAAUGCUGGGAUGCUUUUGCCUUUUGGCCAAAUCCAAUCCAAACUGGGAUACCGAGGGUUUGUCAUCAGUGAAGAUGUCAAAACGUUGAAAUUAGUGGCUGGGAGAAAAACGAAGCGUUUGCAGAUGCUUUUGCUCAAGAGUGCUCCYAAGACGGWGAUAUCAGGUCGAAUYAUUAAGAGCAUUUGUAGAUCUAUCAGGAAGCAGUCGUGAAUCAAACACGACGAAAAAUAAAGCCGACAAUUUUUUACUACUCCCAACAUGUGAUUAAAAACGUCUUUUGCAUUAUA